AUGAGCGACGCAACACCGCAGCGUACUGCAAAAGCAGAGCCAGAUGCGGGCCAAGCUACAACGGAAAGCAUUCGGGGAGGGAAACAAGAUGCAAACACCGCCGCUAACCAGCCGGGGGUGUUUUACGCUCACUACCGGGCCUCAACAAUUGGCCUGACUCUUGAGGACACCCUCGACGAGUUAUUGAGCGCGGGACACUUGCAGGAGUCAGAGGCUGCUUUGGUGUGGACCCAGUUUGACCAAGCAGUUGCUCGCUAUCUACGACGGAAAGUCCGCCAGCGUUCCGUGCUCAGGGGACGCCUCGCACACUACAACUUGCGAGAUAACGUGUGGACUUUUCUCGUCCGACAUGCACUGCUUCGACUCGAGCGCAAACCGGAAACCUACGCUGCUGUGGAGCGACUGCCACGGACCAGUGACCUAGGUGGCGCCACGGAUGCCAGUAUACGCGUUGAACCGGCAGUUCCCGCGAGCGGGAGCCUGAAACUCGAGGGCCCGCGACUUGCUUCCCAUUUACCGCCUCGGCCGGACUGCCUGGACGGACGCGCUGUUCCCGCUGUGACCAGUCAUGCACGCUCCGCUGGAGACGCGACUACCGAGGCCUACGUUUACGCUGAUCGUUUGCGUCUUAUCUGCACGGCCGCCGACGCGAACAUCGUGAAAGCCACCUCGGGCUCGAGUCGCCGAAAGCGUAGCGCUGCACCGCUGCGCUUUCGGCCUCGCUCUCGACCGGCGUCAUCGGCGUCCGCUGAGGAAUGA